AUGCCUCCUCAUCCCUAUGUAGAACUCCCACCAACGGUAUCAAAGCUCAACAACGACCUCCUCGAGCUGAUAUAUCUGAAGAGUACACUGGGCGUCUACGACAGAACAGUGGAGAGUAUCCGCAACUCGAACACCACCCCGGAGCAGCUCAAUAUCCAGCGUCGGUCCUGGCUCCAGGCCAAGUCGCAAGUGGCAUCCUUGCAUAGGAGCAUCGUUGCUGACUUUAGUCGGCUUCCUCGUCGUAUGAAACAAAGCUAUCUUUAUUACAAUCACCAGGAGUUGAAGGACCAUGGGUUUCAGCCGUCCAUUGAGCGCUUGACGAUUGUUCGGCCUGGUAGUCGUGUGACUAUUCUCUAA